CAGCGCUUGCGCACAUCCGGUGGUAUAUAUUUUGCCACGAGUUAGCGGCGAAUUUGGAGAGUGUCCAUUUUGAGCAGCGAAUCGCCGUCUCCACUUUUUCCCUCUAAAAUCUCUUGUAAAACCCACCGUCAGAAUGGCAGAUGCUGAGACACUCCUCAUGGAAACAUCAGACCAGAACGGAAAUGAGGGAGAAGAAGACCUGAAUGGAGCUGAGCAGGAGGCGGAGCUGAUGGCUGGAGACGAAAGCCAGGACGCCACAGACAACGGCACUGACGGAGGCAAGAUCGACGCCAGCAAGGGAGAGGAGGAUGCUGGAAAAAUGUUCGUGGGUGGCCUCAGCUGGGACACAAGUAAAAAGGACCUGAAGGAUUACUUCAGUAAAUUCGGCGAGGUUUUGGACUGCACCAUCAAGAUAGACUCAAACACCGGCCGGUCGCGAGGCUUUGGCUUCGUCCUCUUCAAGGACUCUGCUAGCGUUGACAAGGUGCUGGCACAGAAGGAACACGGUCUUGACGGUCGUACGAUCGACCCCAAGAGGGCGAUGGCCAUGAAGAAGGAGCCUGUGAAGAAGAUCUUCGUUGGGGGUUUGAACCCAGAGGCAACCGAGGACUCCAUCAGGGAAUAUUUUGGGGCUUUUGGAGAGAUUGAGACGAUCGAACUCCCUAUCGACCCCAAGUCAAAGAAGAGGAGGGGUUUCAUCUUCAUCACGUUCAAAGAGGAAGCCAGCGUCAAAAAGUGUCUGGAAAAGAAGUUCCACAGCAUCCAGGGUGGCAGGUGUGAGCUGAAGAUCGCCCAGCCAAAGGAGGUCUACCAGCAGCAGCAGUACGGUGGAGGACGUGGCGGUGGUUAUGGAGGACGGGGAGGAAGGGGCCGUGGAGGUCAGAGCCAGGGCUGGAACCAGGGCUACGGAAACUACUGGAACCAGGGAUACGGCAGCCAGGGAUACGGCUAUGGAGGAUAUGGGGGCUAUGGCAACUACGACUAUUCAUCUGGUUAUUAUGGAUAUGGCCCCGGAUAUGACUACAACCAGGGCAACGCCAGCUACGGUAAAACCCCACGGCGGGGGGGACAUCAGAGCCAAUACAAGCCAUACUGAUGAUCACGUGGUAGUUCAAGACCUCCAGUGAUCCAGUAAGACGACGGCUGGGCGGACACACUGGGCAUGACUCGACCUCUUUUAUGACAGAAGACCAUUUGUACAGAAACCAUCUGAAAUGUAACUUUCCCUUUUUUUUAAUCCUAUUCAUUUUUAGGUUUUACGUUUCCCUUUGGUGUUCUUUAUUUUUUUUCUUCCCUCCCACAUUUCCAUCAAUGGAAGUGUAAUUUUUACUGUACUUUUUGGUACCUGUUUUGAUUCUAAUGUAUUGUAAGGCUUGUAUUUUACAUGUUUGCUGGCUUUACAGGUUGAAAAUCUUGGCGCUGUAAAGGAGCUUUUUUGACACAAUAAAAACAGUUUUCAGUACCUUUUUUUUCCUGAGUUUCUAGGUUCGUGGGGUUGAUGACAAAAUGCUGACCAGAUUUAGUGACACAUUAUCUGUAAUUAUGAAAGGUAUAAGUUGUCUUCAUACUCAGUUGUGCUCACCAUGCCCCCUAAAAUAACUAUAAUUGGUAUUUCCCCUGUUUCUGUGGAAUCGAGUGAUGAUUUGAAGUAGUUUAUAAUCCUGAACACUGAAAUGGUCUGUAAGUUUGUUUCUUUGACUUUAGCAGGGAGAUAAACAUCUAAGAGUGCAGGAUGUAAGAGGGAAAAUGCUGAAGAUAAAUAUGGACUUCCUGUUAAAUCACCUUUUUUUAAGUUUUUAAAUUGUUUAUCAUCCAUGCUCAUUAGUUUGUGUUCUUUAAGUGCCGCUGGUUUUAGAAAUAACUGCUCUGAAGUUAAAUGUCUGCUUAGAUUUUCUGGACUGGCUUCAGUUCACUGGAGUCUCCUCAGAUAGUGUCUGGCAAUUUAUUAGUAAUAAACAUUCUGGUUUGUAA